AUGCCAGGCCGUCGUCGCGAGUCUCCGCUCAAGAAUCCAAGCAGGGCCUAUAUCGCACUAGGAUUAGAGGGGUCAGCUAACAAACUCGGGGCAGGAGUCAUCAAACAUGCUGUCGACGGAUCGACCGAAGUGCUCUCUAACGUUAGGCACACUUACAUCACACCUCCUGGGGAGGGAUUUCUCCCUCGAGAUACUGCCCAGCACCAUCGAGAAUGGGCGUUAACGGUGAUUAAAGAUGCAGUUGCAAAAGCUAAGAUUACGAUGCAUGACCUCGACUGUAUAUGUUAUACCAAAGGCCCUGGCAUGGGUGCACCUCUGCAGUCUGUUGCUCUAGUUGCUCGCACCCUCUCAUUGUUGUACGAGAAGCCCCUUGUUGGUGUCAAUCAUUGUGUCGGACAUAUUGAAAUGGGACGGCAAGUCACUGGAGCUCAGAAUCCAGUGGUACUAUACGUGUCUGGUGGCAACACACAGGUCAUCGCAUAUUCACGGCAAUGCUACCGGAUCUUUGGAGAAACACUCGAUAUAGCUGUUGGAAACUGCCUUGACAGGUUUGCCAGAGUAAUAAACCUGAGCAACGACCCAAGUCCAGGAUAUAACAUUGAGCAAGAGGCGAAGAAGGGAAAACGACUCGUCCCGUUACCUUACACUACCAAGGGGAUGGAUGUUAGCUUGUCUGGCAUACUGACUUCGAUCGAAGCCUACACAUCUGACCGUCGGUACCGGGCUCAAGGCGAACCUGAUGAAGAGUCAGAAGAUAUUAUCAGGCCCGCGGAUCUCUGUUUCUCCCUUCAAGAGACGGUGUUCUCCAUGCUUGUUGAAAUCACAGAACGAGCGAUGGCUCAUAUCGGGAGUAGAGAGGUUCUUAUCGUCGGAGGAGUUGGCUGUAAUGAACGACUGCAGGAAAUGAUGGGCAUCAUGGCACAAGAGCGAGGUGGAUUGGUGUUUGCAACCGAUGAGCGUUUCUGUAUCGAUAACGGCAUCAUGAUUGCUCAGGCUGGUCUACUGAGCUACCGCAUGGGAUAUCAGACACCUCUUGCAAAGAGCACCUGUACGCAAAGAUUCCGGACCGACGAAGUGCAUGUCGCAUGGCGACCCUGA